GUCUAGGGUGAGAAAUCUGGAAGAUGAACUAGAUCAGAUCGUUUUGCAAUCGUAUCAGUCAAUUAAUGAUUCAAAAAUAGGUAAUGCAGAAGCAAAUACAGUUUCAUCAUCCAAUGAUUAUACUUUAGCACCUUUGGCUAAGCAAGGUGAAGCAGCAGAAGAGGUAUCCCAUUUUUCUUCAUACUGCUCAGAGUCUGAACCUGAUGAAAGCAAAAUAAAAGAUGAGAUAGAGUCCCAAGGAGACCAUCUUCAU